UUAAUCCCAGAGUGCACUUCCCAUCAUGGUGGUAAACGAAAGUUCCGAAUUUGUUUACAUGGACUUAGAAACGUGAAAGAGAGUGUUAUUUUUUGAAAUUUUGGAAUUUUAAAGAAUAGUUAUUGGUUAUCUAGCCAGAGCUAGAUAAUUUCUUGGAUCAUGGCUCAUUCUCCGAGUGGUUAUGUUCCCCCAGAGAAUAGAAACUUAAAAGUUGGUGCAAAUUGUCAUUUUUAUCGGAAUGGAGAUCGCAGGAAAACGGCUUCCAAAAUAGUUAUUUCAGACAGAAUAAGAAAUUUAGAAGGUGUAAAAGACGAAUUAACACGAAAAUUCAAUAGCAAAGACAGUACUAAGACUGGUUAUGUAAGAAAUGUUUAUACUCCAUCAACUGGUACACCAGUUACCAGGCUAGAGGAUUUUAAAAAUGGAGCAUGCUAUGUGGCAGCGUUAAAUAAUGAAAAAUUCGUAGCCUUAAAUUAUACCGACAUUAAGGAUGAAAGGAGACGAGAGUUUCGUAAGGCCGCGUCCUCGGAAGCUAAACGGUAUACACCUGUUCAACAUCAACAUGAUCCUAGACUAAGGAACCUACAUGGUAGAGCAAAAUCUCUAGGAGAGCAAAAGAAAGCUGUUAUAUUAAAAGUUUUUGUGAAUGGAGAGUUCACUGAACAUGCUAGAACAGUUGUAAUAACUGAACCUCAUAACAGAAGUUUGAAGUAUGUUAAGGAAUAUAUACAAGAUACACUAGGUACAAGCGAAAUUAGAGAACUUCAUAAAGUUAUAAACGGUGGAGGAAUAGCAGAAAAUUUCCAACUGUUGACAGAAAACGAUGUGUCAAGCCUUAAAACUAAUGACCAUAUCCUUGCUGUACAGAAUAUCAGACAUUUAACACCGAAAAGAUAUAAUGAGAAAGGUUGCAAAAAUUUCACCGUGCACACAUCACCAAGGACAGGACAGGGGUAUGAUCCAUUCCCCAUGCCACAUUCCCCGCCAAGGAGUAAAGGACAGUUUUCAAAGCAUAAAAAGUUACCACAAAUAGGAUCUAGUAACCAGAGUCAAGCAGACACAAUGUCUCCAUAUUCUAACGCACCAUCACAUGGAGGAAGGUAUGUUAACAAAUCUUUAUCUCUUUACUUGAAUGAGGGUGGCGUUUUCAAGGCAAAGAAGCAGAACAAUGCCCAGGGAGCACAUCAGGUAAAUGACACUCGGGAGACUCGAACUGAAAAACCUAUUGAUCAAAGGGAAGCUGAGGUGGUUGAUGAGGAAGAGAUUCACACUAAAGAAAAGACCACCCCAAUCCCACCUGGCACAGAACUUAACAAGAGACCUUCAAAGGAAGCCAAGCAGAACUCUGAAAAUGGUUCUCAGAGUAAAAACCAUACUGAGGUAAAAAAGGGAGGCAAAUCUGGCAAAGAAGUAAUUAAUAAGAUCACUGUGUUACCUCCCAUUGUUGAUGAGGGAGGUGGCAAAAGUAAUUCUGCUAAAGUUAAGAAAGGUGAUAAAAAAGGUGAUAAGAAAGACAUGAAAGAUGGACAGGUUAAGGAAGCUGUUGAUAAAAUUGAAGGCAAAAGUAAAGCCGAGUUAGACGAUAAGAAAAAGCCGAAAGAUCUCGAAGCAAAUGAUGUUCUUGAAAUGUCAGAAAGGGAGGGAACCCCAAUGGAUUUAAAAUCUAAUGAUAUUGAAAUGAAUAAGCCCCCUUUGUCAACAACUCCCCCUCAUGGUAAAUUGACACCUGCAGAGAGUCCAAAGAAGGAAAGGGUAAAUGAAGAUGCUAGCCCUCAUGGGGCUGAUGUUGGGCAUACAAGCCCAGAUGACCCAGGUGGUCAAAGAGUAGAGGAUGAGAGCUAUGAGAACCCAAACGAUGAGCCCAAAUCUCCCACUGCGCCAUAA